AUCCAUCGGAACAUCACUGGAGUUGAGGCUUCAGAACUUCUGAUGACGGAGGGCAGAGAUGGCAGCUUCCUCAUCCGACCAAGUUCAUCCAGUGCAGAUCAUCUCACACUGUCAGUCAGAAGAAAUGACGAAGUGAUCCACAUCAAAAUUCAACAGACCGACGACUUCAUUGACCUCUACGGCGGGGAACAGUUUGCCAGUUUACCACAGCUGAUAGAUUACUACGUGAAUGGAUUAGGUAGAGGAAAUCUGAGGGAAAGUAACGGAAAAGUUAUUCAUCUUGAAAAUCCACUUCCCGCGCAAAAAUAUCGCGGGGAAAGGUGGUUUCACGCAAACUUGACAUGUACAGAAUCGGAAGUUAUGUUGAAGAACUUGAAGAAAGAAGGCUCUUUUCUCAUUCGCGAAAGUUCCAAAAAAUCUGGCCAGUUCGUACUUUGCUAUCUAAACAAGGAUCACGAUGUUAUUCACAAUCAGAAUAAUUUAUCCCUGUUGCAUUCACGACUCCAGAAAGGAUUGUACAGUAUUGGAGAUGGAUUGAAUUGCUUCCCGUCGCUGACAGAACUCGUAGACUACUAUCGUACUCACGAUUUGGUCGUCAUGUUUAAGAAAAACAACAAUUACUCUUUUAGGCUGCAGAAGUCUUGUGUAGCUGGCGCGACUGCAAUCCAAAACCUGGAAUCCAAGAUUGCAGAACUUGAAAAGGAAUUUGACGACAGAGACAAAAAGAGGAACGGGUUUUGGGAGGAAUUUGAGACGAUGGAGCACAACGAGGCGAGCAACAAACCGAUGACAGCCGGCUACGCACCCGAGAAUAAAGUUAAAAACCGCUACAGAAAUAUACUGCCUUAUGAUGAUACGAGGGUAAAGUUACUGAACGUCAACCCGUCUGAACCAGGCUCUGAUUACAUUAACGCUAACUACAUUAAUGCCAGACAGACACUACCACACAUCCACAAAAGUUACAUAGCCUGUCAGGGCUGUGUCAAGGUGACCAUUCAUGAUUUUUGGAACAUGGUCUGGCAAGAAAAUGUCAACAUCAUCGUCAUGACUACUGAACUGAUUGAAAACGGAAAGAACAAAUGCUUUUUGUAUUGGUCAGAAACAGCGGAACCUCUAAUGGUCGACCUGUACAAAGGACCACUAUCGGUUACCACAGAAUCGUCUACUGACUACAAAGACUACACUUUGCGUGUGUUCACGCUGUUCCAUAAUAACGUUUGUUUUCAAAAACGAACAGUUUACCAGUACCAUCACCGUAAAUGGCCCGACAAGUGCACUCCCAAAGAUGCCACUGGGGUGGUGGAGUUUGUGUUGGAGAUCAACAGGCAGGCGGGUAAGAUAUCGCAAAAUAAUCAAUCCUCCCCCUGGCUUAUUCAUUGCAGUGCCGGCAUAGGGAGGACAGGUACAUUUAUACUCAUUGACCUCAUCAUCAACCAAAUACAUCGGGAAGGAUUGGGCUGCAUCAUAGACAUUCCAAAACUCCUGAUGGAUAUUCGAAAUCAGCGGGCGGGAUUGGUGCAAACGGAGAAGCAAUACACGUUCGUGUACAAAGCCGUGCUUCUUUACGUUACUAAAUAUAACGUACGUUAA